AGUACACAAAGACACGUGCAGGAUUGGGAGUUGUGCAACCUCUUUAAAGCAGUGGAGUUGUUUCGGUCUGUCCACUCUUCUCAAACAUGUUAGUGACAAUCCUCCUACCUCUUUGUGUUUUCUUUCUCUUUUUUAAUUUCAUGUGCCGAAGGCCGAAGAAUUUUCCACCAGGACCUACCAUUGUGCCAGUCUUGGGAAACAUCUUGAGCCUGAGGUUGGAGAACCCACUGCAAGACUUUGAGCGGCUGAGGAAGGCAUAUGGAAAUGUCUACAGCCUGUACCUUGGUUCUCGACCUGCUAUCAUACUCAAUGGGUUACAAGCCAUGAAGGAGGCUUUGGUGACCAAGGCGAGUGACUUUGCUGGACGACCUCAAGACCUUUAUGUCAAUGACACAACAGACAGAAAAGGAGUCAUCAUGGCUGACUAUGGUCCUAGUUGGAAGGAACAUCGUCGAUUUGCUCUCAUGACUUUGAGGAACUUUGGUCUCGGGAAGCAGUCAAUGGAGGAGAGGAUUCUGGGAGAAACUGAGUUCAUCAUGAAUACACUGGAAAAGUACAUUGGCAGUACUUUGAGUCCCCAACUCAUGUUCCAUAAUGCAUCCUCUAACAUCAUCUGCCAGGUUCUGUUUGGAAAACGCUUUGAUUAUAAUGAUGAGUUCAUCAAAGUUAUUGUUCAGUGUUUCACUGAGAAUUCAAAGUUGGCCAAUGGACCCUGGGCUAUGCUGUAUGACUCCUUCCCUAUGAUUCGUUGUCUUCCUUUACCCUUCAUGAAGUCUUUUGAAAACGUCAAGAAAUGUCAAAAUCUUACAAAGUAUGUAUUGGCCGAGCACAAAAGGACCAGAGUCCCUGGAGAACCACGUGACUUUCUUGACUGCUAUCUGGAUGAAAUGGAUAAGAGAAGUGGUGAUGAUGGUUGUCUAUUUUCGGAGCCACAGCUAUCAAUGUAUGCUCUUGAUCUUCACUUUGCUGGGACAGACACCACCUCCAACACCCUAUUGACUGCUUUCCUUUAUCUUAUGACUCAUCCAGACGUACAAGAGCAUUGCCAACGGGAGAUUGAUGAGGUCUUGAAAGGGAAGGAUCAAGUAUGUUUUGAUGACAGAAACAAUAUGCCAUACGUGCAGGCAGUAAUCCAUGAAGUUCAGAGAAUAGCGAACACGGUGCCCCUGAGUGUCUUUCACUGUACGACAAAAAACACAGAGUUGAUGGGAUAUUCUAUUCCGAAGGGGACAAUGAUCAUCCCAAAUUUGACCUCAGUGCUGCAUGAGGAAGGCCAGUGGAAAUCCCCUCAUAAAUUCAACCCUGAGAAUUUUCUAAAUGACCAGGGCGACUUUGUGAAGCCAGAGGCUUUUAUGCCUUUCUCAGCAGGUCCUCGCAUGUGUCUCGGUGAGGGUUUGGCUCGUAUGGAACUCUUCCUCAUCACGGUGACUCUGCUGAGGAAGUUCAAGUUCAUCUGGCCUGAGGAUGCAGGAGAGCCAGACUUCACCCCAGUCUAUGGGGUCACGCUCACUCCCAAACCUUAUCGCAUGAAAAUCCAACUAAGGGCAAUGCACUGAAGCAGAGCGCAGACAUAAAAAUUAGCGUAGAUAGCUGGUAAACCCCGACCAUGACGCUUCUCUCCUUUAUUUUUCAAACACCGUGCGGUGAAACUCUGAGCCUUUUUCAACGCUUAACAGUGGCACGAAUAUGCCAUUUGAAACAAACGCUUUCCCCUUCCUGAUGGCCACAUUGCGGAAGAGACAAAGACUGUCGCUCUAAGCAUGGAAUUUGUCUUUUGUCCUAAUUGUGUAUGACUGUUUCAAUUUAUGAAGACAUUUACACACAUUUGUUCACACAUU